GCUGUUCACAUCAACUUUGGCAGACUCGUUUUGCCCACCAGCAUGUCUUGUAACCGUUUAGAUCUAGCCUCUGCGUCACAUUUGGACCACAGGAUACGACGCUUAAAGCUUGCGGCACUGUAGCCUGGCAAUGGCCGCCUGGUACCGAAGAAUGGGUUGCAAACCGAGCCACUAUCCCUUAAAUUCGUCGAUUCCUCGUCCGUAAUAUCCUAGCCGAGCCUGCGAUCCCAAUGUUCUCACCUCUCUCAGACUGCCGCCCGACGAUAUCAAAUACUUCAGCCAACGGCCAUCAAACUAAAAUCAUCCAUUGGACUGGGUGGAAGUGUUUAGCAAGAUGGAGACUGAUUAUUUGGUCAAGGGAUGUUAUUGCGAACGAAUGAUGGAGGAAAAUGUGCCUGAUCCCGACGUAACGGGCUGGGGAAUUAUCUCAUCCUUUUGUUUUUCAAUCAUCAUGAACAUGAUAGCCAUCAUUGUUGCAUAUGCGACAAAGGCGCUACCCGAGAACCGAUACAACCCAAUAGACGAUAUUAUUCAUUCCAGAGGGUCAUCGUCGCCCGACCGGGAACAACGCAUCAAGGCUUUUGAGUCCUUCAUGCUAUCACUAAGUGAUCAGCAACUAGUCACUGGCAUGGCCCUCAUGCUGGCAACUAUUUUGAUAUUCGCGGGAGUAAAUGACCUGGAUGAGACCUUCUCGGUGUACUCGUUUCAAAUUGCAACUCGACUCGGAUACUUCUCAUGCAUCACGCAUCUGUGUUCACUCACAGUUUUAUGGGACUACUUUGACAAACAUAAACGGCUAAGGUUAUUCCGAACCAUCCUCAUGGUUGCAUUCCUGGCCAUGAUGAUCGGUUGCAUGACCAUCUCGGACUCGGUUACCUUUCGCUUUAACCGUCACGUUUCGGUCAAAUGUGCAAGAAAGCACUUCAAGCUGAUUGAUCGAGAAAGGCCUAACUAUGUCUUCUUUUCUGACGAGAUCAUCAUAAUCUUCAACUUAUCAGUACUAACUUAUAUCCUCAUAUCUGGCUACGUCCAAAGACUUCUACAACUGUACUGCCCGUCAGCCCGGUACGAAAAUGACUUUUGGCAGCGUCGCUCUAUACAAGCCUUUUUUGGGCCUGAAUCCGCAGCAAAAUUUCGUAUUCUGGCUUCGGCUGAGAACAAAAGGCUGGCAGAUGUCAGAUCUAGCUUUCUCUGGGAGAUUGUGUGGCUGUUGUUCUACUUUACAUUCGGGACAGCUAAUCUCCUCGAGUUCUUCAAUGAUGCGAAUUUGAAACUUGGUGCCAUUAAGCCAAAUUUCGGGCAGCUUGUACCUCUGUUUCUUUUGGCUCUCCCGCUCAUCACGGCCCUCGAGGCAUACUCAACUGCUACUGCAUAUAAUGGAGUACCUCCCCAAGAUCUCGAAGACGCAAUUUCUUUGCAUACACUUGAGACCAAUGCCUCAGAUCGCAGGGACUUGCUGCCGACUUCCCAUGCAUCUGGCAGCCAGCCUUUGGGCCAAGCCCCGGGAAAUCAGUCCCCAUCAGAGGUUCCUACUGUUCCGCCGAUGGAAGAACCAGAUCAGCUCCCGCAAGCAUCUGAGACUUCGGCUAGCUUACUUUUACUGUUGCUGGUUCCUUAUGCGGCUGGACUUAUGCUUUGGGCUCUUAUCUUUGCAGACGUAAUUCCCCACAGCUUCUUUCUUUCCAUUGCAGCAUGGGUGGUUGCAUUUUUGAUCGAGGUUGCAAGCUUUCGGAGCUGGUUUACGAUUGUACUCACUUCUAUAUGUGAAGUAGUAAGGGAAUGGUAUCUGGCAAUGAGCAGGAUAUUUGAUUGCUGCAGCAAACACUCCGGACAUGGCUAGCUCCAGUGUAGAAGGCCUUUUGGUCUCGCAGUCUUGAGUGUCAUGUAGAUGGGCUUUGAAUCGUGUACUUACGCUCCAUGACCAGAUAUCAUCCUCCCAAAUAAUUCUCAUUACCUUGUAGAACUUUCAAUUUGAUACUUGGUGGACGCGAAGUAUUCUGACUCCACACUUGUCAGUAUUGUUCAACAGCCGAAGGCCAUUCUGGAAAGGGUCAAGGUUGAAGUCACCAUCGCUUCUAAGCAUCUUUGCAAACAGAAGUAGAUAAACCAUUCGGUCAAUACUACGUACUAUCAAUGCGA